AUGUCUGCGAAAGUUGAAAUGGUUCAUGAUCCCAUGCAGAGGCUGGGGAUGCAAAAGAAAAUCAUCCAUGCUGGUAGAGGAAUGCUUCCAGAUUUUGUAGAGGGAACGAAGGUGAAAUUUCACUAUAAAACUCGCAAAUGCAACGAAGAACAAACUGUGCUAGAUGAUAGCAAAAAACAUGAUAAACCCAUGGAGAUUAUUAUUGGGAAAAAGUUCAAACUCGAAUGCUGGGAAACGUGCUUACAGACCAUGUGUAAUGGGGAAGUGGCCUCAUUCACUGUUUCUGCAACACAUGCUGCGACAUACCCAUUGGUUGCGAAAAAUCUCAGGGAUAUUGCGCAUAACAAGCCAGUACAGGAACGGAAACACUGUUGUGGUAUGAUGCAAAUGGCGGACCAGGGUGGCACUGGCUACAGCGAUUUAAAUGAAUUAUUGAAAUCUCCACAAAAACUAGAAUUUAUAUUUGAAGUUUUAGACAUACAACAACCAACAGAAUACAAGAAAGAGUCAUGGACGUUAAAUGAAAAAGAAAAACAAGCAGCUGUCCCGAAAUUAAAAGAAGAAGGGAAUACACUUUACAAGGCCAAGAAAACCAAGGAAGCGUCUGAAAAAUAUUUUGAGGCAAUCAGUUAUUUAGAAACACUAAUGUUAAAAGAGAAGCCCCGUGACGAAAUAUGGAACAAGUUAAAUGAACAGAAACUUGUUAUUCUGUUGAAUUUUGCACAAUGUAAACUAGUCCUUAAUGACUUCUACCCUGUCAUCGAACACACAUCAACAGUACUAGAGUCAGAUAAAGAUAACGUGAAAGCAUUAUACAGAAGAGCAAAGGCCCAUGUUGGUGCAUGGAAUCCGAAGGAAGCCCGUGAAGACUUUCAGCGAGUUCUCGAACUUGAUCAAACUUUAACAAAAACAGUUCAGAAAGAACUGAAUGAACUUGAUGAGAAACAAAAGGUUAAGGAUGAAGAGGACAAGAAAAAACUUGGAAAAUUAUUCAGUGGAUAGCGACAGUAGUGAAUUAUCCUCCAAAGCAGGUGCCCAGAACUCGUACCUCCUUAAACAUUAUGGAACAUAUUCUGGAUCUUCGAGUCUUGUGAUCGGAAGAUGAAUUUAUGCCUGUUUGUUAUUUAGGCUGAAAAC